AUGCGCUACAUUCGACAUCUCGGACUCAUCUUUGCAGGCUUCACCGCUGCACUUGUCCCAUUACCUAUAGGUGGAAAACCACGUAGUAGCUAUGUCAUUGAAUAUGGCGUUACGACGGAGAGCGUGCGGUACCUUGGCUGUGUGUCAUUGAGCAUCGAGAACGGACUUCAAGAACACGGCUUCCACUGCUCCGUCAAUGAUUUCCGCGAGUACAACUCCAACAUUCUACAGGGAGCCUCUUUCUCGCUGAAAUGCGGCGAAGGAGUAGCUCAACUCCAUCAACCAUCGCUGAAUACCAUCGCUGUCGUCACUGAUGCCCAGAAUGUUUGGCGUCUUCCCUCCGAAGGGGGGUUGUUCGAAAACCAAAGAACAUCGAGGCAACAGCCAUUCCCACCAGGGCAGCAAAAGUAUCCAGAGACAGACAAGUUUGAGCGCAGAAGCUUUGUGCAAACCAAUGUCGACAGCACCAGGAUCGCCUCCAAGGCCGCGCUUCUCCGGGCUUCGCAUGAGGACACUGGCGUUUUGCGCUUACACGAGGAGAAUGUAACUGGCGCAAACGUCCGCGUUGCCAUCAUGGAUGCCGCGAUUGAUGUGACCGCACCUGGCCUGGUAGAAACGAACAUCGCAUAUACCACCAACUUGCGGACCGGCGCCAACGACUCUGCCGGGAGCUGUGACCCGCACGGCACCGGGAAUCUCGGCAUCGCCGGCGGAAAGGGCGAUCCGCUAUGGGGCUAUACCGGUGUCGCACCGGAUGCCACCUUUGAAGCGAUCGCCAACUCUGACUGCGUCAACCCCAUUAACGGAGACGACCAGGUGAAUGACUUCCUUCACAUGUACGAGCGGCAUCUGGACAUCAUUUCCAUUCCUUACAGCUACGAGUUGGAAUAUCCUGAAGCCCCUUGGCCCGCGUUAAUAGAGCGUAUGUUCGACAACGGCACUCUUGUAACCACUGUUGCCGGUAACACCGGUCCGGGGUUGUAUUCGAUCAGAGCCCCCACGGCCAGUCGCGGCGGCAUGGCUAUCGGUACCUACGAUACUUCCCUCGUCCCUGUGUAUACAUGGCAAGGGAAUUGGACCGCUGGCGGUGAAGCUGGUCCAUUGUACUACCACCCGAGUGAUCCCACCGAUACGCAAAUGUUCGACCUGCCCACCCAGAUCAACUUGACAUUGUGGUGGCCUGGCGCUUUCGAUCCUGCGGCUCUGGAGGGACCCCAAGAUGUUGUGUCUCCUUGCCGACCUCUUCCAACCGGCGCAAAACCGCCCUCAAAUCCGGCAACUACGAUUCUUCUCCAGUCUAGAUACGAAUGUUGGAGCGACCCCGAUGACGCGUCUUUUGAUAUCACCACCAAGUACGGAAUACCAUAUGUCAUGGGUUACGCCCCCAACUACGCUGUUCAUGCACUCAGCAUCCCUCGCAUGGGUAGCACUAAUCUAAGCCCUUCCGUACGCGCAGCAGUCAACAUCGGUUUCGACGAAGCCUCAAGACUCAUAUCGCUGCUCGCAAAACACGGCCGCGUAGAUCUCUCCCUGACCGGCGAUCCAUCGUCAGCCAACAUGAACCUCAGCUUCAUACCCAACAACCAGACAGGCCUCACGCCAUCAUCCUGGACAACUUGGGGUCCGGCUUUGGAUACACACAUGGGCGUUGCCGUUCUCGGACCAUCACAGUACGUCGCCAUGCCGUUCCCCGCGCGCCUUGGCGGCCUCGGCGUAUGGGCCGGAACGAGCUUCUCAACCCCGUACCUAGGCGGCGUCGCGGCCCUUGUGAAGUCUGCUCAUCCCGAGUGGUCGCCGCGCCAGAUCCGCAAUGCUAUCGUGGCCACGGCACGUCCUGUAGACUACAACGAUGGUAUUCCAAACUUCAUGGUUCAUGCUAUCAAGGCCCCGGUUCAGCAGCAAGGAGGUGGGAGGGUCGAUGCCUGGAGUGCUGUGCGGAGCGUCACGACGGUCAACGUGACGGAUCUUGCUUUCAAUGACACCGAUCACAGACCACCGCUCCUAAGUUUCACCCUCGCCAACACGGGUGUUGAGGAGCUCACUUACCAGCUGGAUCAUCUACCAGCGGGGUCAGGUUACGUGAUCGAUCCUGCAGCCCCUUACACCUUCUCUUUGCCCAACAUCAGCGAUGCCUACACCAACCUAUCGAUUACUCCCACGACUCUAACGUUGAAGGGCGGUGAAUCUGCAUCCGUGGCAGUAUCGAUCCUCUCCGAACCCGACUUGGCUGAUGCCGCAGCUCGGCUGUCGUUUUUCGGCGGUUACAUAUCAGUCCAAUCAUCAGCUUCUGAGGCUAAUCUUCUGACAGUACCCUAUACUGGCUAUGGAGGAUCGCUGCUCAACUUACCCAUCAUUGAUCGGACUCAGACCAAACUGAUUGGAGUCAGGCUGCCGGACUUCGCAUUCAUCGAUAUUGAGCCCGGAAGGAUAUUCAAUGCCACCUACAACGCCAGCGUCGGCAUCGACGAGAACCCCAUCGCCUAUCCUGAUGGCAUAUAUCCCGGAUUCGCCUUCCAGCAAGUUGUAAGGAGUAGGCUAGUCACUUAUUCUAUGGUGAACACCAAGACUGGCGAAGCGCCAUUCCACAACGACACCGUCGGAACAGACGCGGAGCCAAUGACGGCAGCGUGGUUCUGGGGUGGCUCAGAGAACAACAGGACAUUUGUGCCGGCUGGAAGCUAUGUCUGGGAGGUACUUGCGCUGAGGAUGAAUGGUGACCGUGAAAACCCAACACAUUUUGAAUUCUGGAGGUCAGACGAAUGGAGUUUGGCUUACAGUCUGAACAGUACCGGCUUGCCUUCGGUGUAA